AUGAAGAUUCCUAUAAUUCUCCUAAUUUUGAUAACAAAUAUUCUUUGUUUUUUUGACAGCGAAGAAGAGGUUUGAUUUUUUGAGUUUCCCGCUAAAAAUAAGGUAUUUUUAGGAAGAGCUAAAUAAAUUAGAUCUAAUCAGAUAUUCAAAAUAUUCUCCAAUGGCUGAAACAAGAGAAUACAUCGAUCAUCUAUGGACAGAUUCUCCAGAUCAUUUUGACAAAAAAUUCAGAUUCAUAGAUCAUUGUAAUGAUAGCAAAAUCUAUGAUCAACAAUAUUUCAAAUCAAAUAUUUUGAGAUCUCAUCUAAUUCCGAUUGUCAAUCAUGUUUCUGAUUCAUAUAUUCGAAUUGAAUGGGAAAAAGAGUGGUGGAGAUUAAUCGAUUUAACUUCAAAAAAUAACCGAGGGCAGAAAUUCGGGAUGCUGUUAAGAUGGAAAUAUUUUGGAAAACCAUUGAUUUAUCAAGUUUUUAGUUAUAACUGUAAUCAUCCAACAAAAUUAGCAUAUCAAAAUUAUGCAAUUAUUUUGAAAGCGCAAAAACUAAUGAAUACAAUUUGGCAACUUUUGAAAGAAGAAAGAUUUCAUGAAAUAUAUCAGAAUUAUUUUGCUUUUGGGUCUUUUAUGACGUGUAGAGGGGAGCAUUUCAUGAUAGAAUUUUUUUGAAAAUGUAUUUUAUGGAAGACAAGGAUUUGAUAAACCUGAAGUGAUUGAUGCAAUUUUAAUAAAACGAGAUGAAGUUUGGCAAUUUAGUGUGAAAUGGUUGAAUCGAGAUUUUGAUUUUCAAAUGGAAGAUGUUUCGGAUAAAUUGAAGAUUACUAUUAUGAGAGAAAUGUGCUAUCAUUAA